AUGUGCCCAGAGACGCGAUGGGAGGACCUAUCCGCCCAGAGUUCUCGUCCAGACCCUACAUACAUACCCAGAGAUGCUGAGGAAAGCCCCCCCGCAUCUGUACCCCCUACCUCCGACGAGACACCAGACCAGGAGCUGGACACCGAUUCUCCGCUCGAUAACGCCAAGUUCCUCUCCUUCGAGGACUGGAAAAAGCAGAACCUUGCCAAGGUCGGCCAGUCGGCGGAGAACGUGGGCGGACACCGACGAGGCGGGGCGGAGAAGGAAGACCGGCGACGACCCACGGGAAUCAAUAACGCGCUGGACUCCCUGGGGGAAGACGUCGAGAUCGAGCUGGACUUUGGCGGCUUUGGCGCUGAUACACCCGAGGCGGCGAAACCUACAUCUUGGGGAGCGCAGGUGCCCACGGAAGCGAGGGGCGACGGGGUCCGUGAUGUGGGUGAUCGGGACAUGGACGCCCUGGCUCAGAGUGUUCCCCAGGCCGGGGUGUCGCGCUCCAAGGAUGCGGGAACGACCUGUAAAGAGCGGUUCAACUAUGCGUCGUUUGAUUGCGCCGCGACGGUGCUCAAGACCAACUCGGAAUGUACGGGGUCGUCGUCGGUUUUGAUCGAGAACAAGGAUAGCUACAUGCUGAACGAGUGUCGGGCCAAGAACAAGUUCCUGAUCCUGGAGCUGUGCGAUGAUAUCCUAGUAGAUACGGUGGUUCUGGCCAACUACGAGUUUUUCAGCUCCAUCUUCCACACUUUCCGGGUCAGCGUGGCGGAUCGGUACCCGGCCAAACUGGACCAGUGGCGAGAGCUGGGCAUCUACGAGGCGAGGAACACACGCGAGGUACAGGCCUUUGCGGUCGAGAACCCGCUCAUUUGGGCUCGGUACGUGAAGGUGGAAUUCCUGACUCAUUACGGACAUGAGUUCUAUUGCCCGCUCAGUUUGAUCCGCGUCCAUGGCACGACUAUGUUGGAGGAAUACAAACAUGACGGGGAGGCUACUCGGGUGGAGGAUGAGGAGGUGCCGGAUGAGGUGCCGGAGCCUGGACCGGUGGACACCGAGCCCAAAACCGUAGCGACUUCAGAUUCUGCGGCAGCGGAAGAAACAGCAGGAACAGCAGACGAGCAAGGUACACAUGAGACAACCCAUCGCCUGCAGGAGACGUGCCCCAGUCCCGGGCUGGAAGAUGAUGUGCCGGUGGUGAUGGCUCUUUGGGAUGUUCGCGAGACAUGUAGCGUUCACGACUCACCGGCCACGACGGGACCUGACAGGGCUUCGUCAGCUCCACCCAAACCGUUCUCAAGUGAAGCAGGCGAUGCUAGGGGUGAGGACGCUACACCGGCUGUUUCUGGCAACGAGGUUCCGCCGAAGGAGCCAGGCGAGCAGAAGCCCCCGGCCCCUUUCAGCCCACAUGUCGAGUCGUCUUCUUCCUCUGCUACGACGGCUAUCCAAGAAACCGCGACCCCCCAUGUCAUCUCGGAGACAGACAGUCGGCCGACCGCAUUCGCGAAGGACGAACAAACCGGCGUGGCCGAGUCCACGCGCUCCACGGCGACCCAGCCUCCUUCCUCGAACCCGACUACGCAGGAGUCGUUCUUCAAGUCCGUGAACAAGCGUCUACAGAUGCUGGAGUCGAACUCUAGCCUAUCACUAUUAUACAUCGAAGAGCAGUCGCGGAUCCUGCGGGACGCGUUUAACAAGGUGGAGAAACGGCAGCUGGCGAAAACAUCGACGUUCUUGGAGAGUCUGAACGUGACGGUGAUCAGUGAGCUAAAGCAGUUCCGCGAGCAGUAUGACCAGGUGUGGAAGAGCGUGGCUCUGGAAUUUGAGCACCAGCGGAGCCAGUACCACCAGGAAGUGCACGGGCUUAACACGCAGCUGGGGGUCCUCGCGGACGAGCUGGUGUUCCAGAAGCGGGUGGCCGUGAUCCAGAGUAUCAUGAUCCUCUUCUGUUUCGGACUGGUGCUCUUCUCGCGGGGCGCCGUCAGCAGUUAUAUUGAACUGCCUAGCAUGCAGAACAUGGUGGCGCGGUCUUACAGCCUGCGGUCGUCGUCGCCCCCAUUUUCUCCGUCCAUGAGCCCGAGCUCGACGCGACCGACUUCGUCGAACCGGCGCACGGCUGGUCACCGGCGGAAUCUCUCGGACGAUUCGCAGGACGGCCUGAUCAGCCCGACCCUGGCGUACUCGCCGCCAACCCCGGUGUCGGAUGUAAUGAGCUCGUCGGAGGAGGCGGAGCACGCGACGGGAGCCUCGCUGAGGCUGCCGGAGGUGGUCGCGCCGCUUCGAUCGCGGAGCAGCCCGCCCGACCUGAAGGGUGGCGGUGGCGACGAGGAGACUGCCGAAGAGGAGGAGAAGGAGAUGGUGGUGUCAUCUCCAUCUCCUUCUCUCCCUCCAACCUCCAUCAUCCACUACCAAGACCAAACAAAGUCUCUCUCCUCCACAAUGGACGCUCACCCGCUCACCGACCGUUCGACCAACACGCACCUGGCCACCCAGGACAAGGAGAAGCUGAACGAGCUCAAGGCGGCCCCCGCGACGAUCAACUCGAUGGACUACCAUCGCCAGGUGCUGCAGGGCAAGCUGGAUAGCGGUGACAAGAACCAAGCCAGCUACGUCUCCCCAUCGGAUGAUAUCAUGAGUCCGUGCUCGAAAAAGCUGAGUGAUAUCAAGGGCAAGCGGUUCAAGAAUCCCUAUAGAUCUAUCCCCCAGACCGUCGAGCAAUUCGUCGAGACAGACUGUAUCCCUGCAGAACCCACUUUCCGGGCCCAGCUGGGCCAAGGCCAGCAACGAUGGACCACAAACCCCGCCAUUGUGGAGACCCUCAAGAACAAGGCCCGCGAGCUGGGCCUGUGGAACAUGUUCCUGCCCAAGAACCACUUCGCACAGGGGGCCGGCUUCAGCAACCUGGAGUAUGGUCUGAUGGCCGAGUAUCUGGGGAAGAGCGUGCUGGCAUCAGAGGCCACGAACAAUGCCGCCCCAGACACAGGUAACAUGGAAGUCCUGGCCAAAUACGGCAACGAUACACAGAAGCAACAAUGGCUGGUUCCCCUGCUGGACGGGAAGAUUCGGUCGGCGUUCCUGAUGACGGAGCCUGACGUCGCCUCCAGCGACGCCACGAACAUCCAGCUGGACAUCCGUCGUGAGGGCGAUGAAUACAUCCUCAACGGAUCGAAAUGGUGGUCCUCCGGCGCCGGCGACCCCCGCUGCGCUAUCUACUUCGUAAUGGGCAAGACAGCAUCCAACCACCCCAACCCCUACCAACAACAAUCUGUGAUCCUCGUCCCGUCCAACACCCCCGGAAUAACCGUGCAUCGGAUGCUGUCGGUGUACGGCUACGACGACGCGCCCCACGGACACGGACACAUCAGCUUCAGCAACGUCCGGGUCCCUGCCGGCAACAUGGUGCUGGGCGAAGGCCGCGGGUUCGAAAUCAUCCAAGGCCGGCUGGGGCCGGGCCGGAUCCACCACGCUAUGCGAACGAUCGGGGCGGCUGAGAAGGCGCUGGAGUGGCUGAUUGCCCGCAUCAACGACGACCGGAAGCGCACCUUCGGGCAGAAUCUGUCCUCGCACGGGGUGAUUCUGGAAUGGGUGGCGCGGUCGCGGAUCGAGAUCGAUGCCGCCCGGCUGAUUGUCCUCAACGCCGCGAUCAAGAUCGAUCAGGGCGAUGCCAAGUCUGCCCUCAAGGAGAUCGCCCAGGCCAAGGUCCUGGUGCCCAGUACGGCGUUGACGGUCAUUGAUCGCGCGGUGCAGGCGUAUGGCGCCGCCGGAGUGAGUCAAGAUACGCCGUUGGCGUAUCUGUGGGCAUUGAUUCGGACGUUGAGAAUCGCGGAUGGGCCAGAUGAGGUGCAUCUGCAGCAGUUGGGCAAGAGGGAGAACCGGGCGCGUAAGGAGGAGAUUGUAGGCCGGUUGAAGUGGCAGAAGGAGGAGGGGGAGCGGUUGUUGAGCGUUAGUCGGGUGAGGGAGACGAGUCGGCUGUAG